CUCGGCUCCUCCUCCAGUGUUUACCUGCGGCAGGAUCUGAUAAGUCAGGAAUUAUUUGUGGCUAUUAUCCUCUUAUUAUCCUACUUCACUAUGGCUUCUGAUGAAAAUGAAGUAGUUCUUUAUAAUGUUAAUGAUACGGAGAAUCUGACCCAUGAAGAGAUUUGGGACGACUCUCUUUUGAUCCAACAAUACGACGAAGCCAUGGCACAAGUACGUCGAAAGUUACAACACAAGAUAUCGGCGACAAAUACAACCGAGAGCGAGCAGUCAGAGAGGAUGGUGACAGGUGGGGAGAACCUCUCUGAACGCAAGGAAAAAAGUGGCAAUAUCCAAAAGAAGAAGAAAAAAAAGAAGAAUAAGAGAAAAUCUGAUUGGCACACUGGGGAUCCAUGUCGUUCAAGGUUCACUGAAGAUGGAAUCUGGUACGAGGGAACAAUCAUUGCCCUGGACGCCAACACUGGCAAGUGCACUGUCCGCUAUGUAGGGUAUAACAAUGAAGAAGAGGUGGCAAUACACGCGCUCAUAAAAUCAAAAGGAAAGGCAGCCCGUCAAAUGCAGAUGGAACUUGCUGAUGAUGGCCAAUCUGAGCAGAGUGACAUGUGUAGUUCUGUGGUUGAGAGCGACUUCCAGUCCGACGCUGAUGAGCGCACCGGCAAGAGGCAGAAAGCACAGUCACAGUUCCAGUAUGGAAGGAUGCCUCCACCAAAUUAUCCAAGUGGAGGAAAUUUUACACCACCACCUCACCUCCCCCAGCUUCCACCCCCACCAGCCCUCACGAUGGACUUGAGCGGUGACCCACAGACCUCCGAGGCCCUGCACACCAUGUUAAUGAGCUGGUACAUGACUGGUUACCACACUGGGUACUAUCAGGGCCUUCGCCAAACACAAUCCAGGAGACGGUGCAAGUAAUGGAUGAGGUACUAUAGGAGUAAUGUUUUGAUCAGAUGAAUAUUUUGAUUUUUGUAUAACUACAGACAAGCUAAAGGACAGUAACCCUUUCGCUGUGGCAAGUUGAUCAUUAGGCCUCAUGUCGUGUGGCAGACUUUACAAGAUUAAAACAAAACAAAAAAUGUAAUAAGCAGUUUUAACAUUGAUGAUUAUUAGGGUCCUCAAUCCUAGUAAAGAUAAUAUGUAUUGACUUCAGCCGGAUAUGGAAACUUCUUUGGUGUUAACUAGUCUGUUUUGAAGAAGCCGCCUAACUGAGAUAUUGCUGCAAUCAAUAUUUUUGGGGGUAACUUUGGUUUUAUGUGAAGCACUGUUUUUACAUAGGAUAGUGUAUUAAUAUACUAUGAUAUAAUAUUAUUGGCCUUACAAAUUCAUGCUCUUACUUGAACACAGUGUGGUGUCUGGUGGUCUGUACUAUCACCAGUCAAGCUCAUAGUAGUACAACAGACCCUCUUAUUUAUUGUAUUUUUUAUUUAUUAAGGUGUCUGCAAAAAAAGUUGAGUACAGAUAUUUUCACAGAAUUCUAUAUCUGCAUCACAGAAUAUUGGCUAUAUCAGCCAUAAUGUUUUAUUGUGCAACAAAUUAUAUACAGUACAGUGGAGCCUUGAUAACAUGCAUUCUUAAAUUUGCUGGUACAGUAGAGUACCUCUAUUUCUACUUCUUCUUUAAAAUUUUGUGGUCAAAUAUUCAUCAUUUACAGCUAAGCCCCAACUGCUGCAGUGUUUAUUUACAUAAGAAACCAUGAAAGUUGUGGAAAUAUCAUCUCAUUGCUCCAAUUUGCCUUGUAAUUAAAAAUAAUAUAAAUAUCACUUCAGUGCUGCAAUGUCACUUAGUUCUUGUACGUGCGGUUGUGUUGAUAAUCGACCUCACCUCACUAUUUUUUGGUGAUAACGUUAGAAUACAGGAGAUCCCCAGGUUACGUACGUCCGACUUAUGAACAUCCGCCUAUACAGACAAGGUUCCAUAAAGUUAAACUUUAAAUUUAUAGUAUUUUAUUUUCCUGAUUUUUUUUUCUCUCGUACUGUAUUUUGUCAUUUUUCUUCUUUUAUCUUAAAUUAAUUAAUUUUAGAUGAAUAUAAAAUACUUAGGUUAUGAUAAAGUGGGAUUCUGAACGGUGCUCUCUAAGUACUACAGUAUGCACAAAAGGUACUGUAUGUACUGUAGUUUGACUCGAGUCCAUUUUCAACUUAAGAACGUCCAUAUGAACAGAACUUGCACAUAACCCGGGGACUGCCUGUAUUGAUCUUUCCUUGCCAUAAGGAAAAUUAACAAUGUCUUACCGCUCCUGAAUGACUUGUGUUCACAGAAAAUACUGCCUGUAAUUUACACAUACUGUACUGUACUGUAUUUUGAUUCUCUCUGCAAUUUUCAUUUCAUUAUUGACCUUAACUUCUCCCAUUGUUUUGUGACAUUUUUCUUAUAAGUUGUUGGUGGUACUGACAUUGAUAACUCUGUGACAUUCAUUCAGUUGUAGCUUAAUUUGUUUAUUUUGUUUAUUCAUACAGACUUUGAAAACUUGUAAUGACUUUUGGAAAUGGUUUGAAUAAAUAUGAAAUAAAAAACA